GGGCUAAACAGAAGUUAGUGUUUCUUUCCUUUCAGCACGUCCAUUGAGAGUAUCUGGCGUGGUGAGACAUAUGUGUGUGUCGAAAUCUCAGCUUUUUAUUAGUUUACUCAGAGAAAUUCAACAUGCCCAAGAAUAAAGGUAAAGGAGGUAAAAAUCGCAGGAGGGGAAAGAACGAGAACGAAGCUGAGAAAAGAGAAUUGAUCUUCAAAGAAGAUGGCCAAGAAUAUGCACAAGUUACGAAAAUGUUGGGUAAUGGUCGACUUGAAGCUCUGUGCUUUGAUGGAACCAAGAGGCUUUGCCACAUCAGAGGGAAGCUCAGGAAGAAGGUCUGGAUCAAUCAGGGUGACAUCAUCCUGGUUGGCCUGAGAGAUUACCAAGAUGCCAAGGCUGAUGUUAUCCUCAAGUACAACGCUGAUGAAGCCCGUAACUUGAAGACAUAUGGUGAAAUCCCAGAAACAGUCAAGGUCACAGAUACUGUCAACUUCGUCGACGACGGCCUGGAUGAUGACAUCGAGUUCGGCGACGAUUCUGGUUCUGGCGAAGACGACGACAUAAACGACAUAUGAACACUUCACUUAGGAUUUACAAUUCUUGUUCAUAAUAAUAACAAAAGCUCUAUCCGGGAAAUUCUUGGAUUUUCCAUAGCAACAUUUCAUCGUUCAUGAAGAAACCUCUAAUUUAGGUUUUUACAUCCUAAAGCAGCAGCAGCAACAGCCUCAACAUAUUUUUUUUUUGUCAGCAAAAUCAACUACUUCAUUUUGAAAAAGAAAGAAAAAUCACGGAAAGAUCGACACCCGUUAAAACUUUGUUUGCAAAUUUGUUUAAUAUAUCAUCAUUCAUGGGCGGCUUGUAUGAUUUCAAUCUGUCUGUCCUAAUAAAACGCUGCGGAAACGA